ACCUCAAUAUAUCCAUCUACGGGGGAAAACUACGCAGACGAAGAGGGAGAGAAGAAAUAUAGAGAAUGCUGCAUAUGCAUCGCUCUGCAUCUUCCCUUCCAUGCCCGUACUCUCCGAGACCAACACUGUUAACCUUCUUUCCAUCUCAACUGUGCUUCAACUUGAGAGCCAGGAAGGAGCAGAAGCUCUCUGUGUCGUGUGACUUCUCCUGUUUCCAAAGUGGGGGUUGGCCUGUGGAACCCUCGGGUCCGAAGCUAUCCUGGCCUCUUGGGUUGAAGGACUCGGAAUUCUCACUAAAACGGAUCAUAAUGCUUGAACUUAAGUCCUCUGGUUUUUGCGAGGGUGUAGGACAUGGGGGAGGGUAUGAUAGGGCCAGGCCCGGGUAUAACAACCACUGUACUAAAGAGGACGAUAGUGAUGGUGCUCGUGAUCAUGAUAGCAUUCCCUGGCUGUUGUGUAUGGCUAAACCGAGUGAACUGGCAAUAAAAACAAGGAUCAGGUUUUAACCAAUGUUCUAGAGGGUUUAUCUUUUAUUAGGUGCUCACAGAUUAUAGUUACAUGAUUGGGUAUUUAUAAGAUAUAAACUAGGGUUAACAACUUGCUAAACAAGAAACAACUAAUGGGCCCUUUAAUUAAUAACUAAAACCGGCCCCCCAUGUUUCUUCCCUUUAGCCGACCAGGCUUAAAGCCCACAGCUCUAAAGCCUUCACCGAAUAACCCAACAAUCUCCCACUUGAAGGAUUUCGCAUAGACACAAAUGCCAUCCAAGUAAACCCAUCAUGAGUAACUCAGUAAUCUUCACUGCCAAGUCCUCCAAGCCUCCAGUUCCCAAGAACAAGCUAAGACUCCAGUUAUAUCCCCUAGUUGCAACCACCCCCUUCAUUAAUAAC